AUGUCGAAGAACAUCGCGGAGCCUCUGCAACAGAUUCGUGAGAGUAUCAAUGGGAUGACGAGUGAUAUAGGCACCGUGAAGGGGAGAGUUGAUGCCACGGAAAAGCUGAUUGAGAAGAUGGGCAAGGAAUAUGCGGAAAUCAUGGACGAGAACAAGCAGCUGAGGGAUAGAUUACGCGUGGUAGAAUACAGUAGUCGGGACCGCGGGAAUAUCGCGAGGAGCACUGAUAGAACUGACAACAAUUGCGCUGACGAUGGGGCGCGGAGCGCAUGUGUCAGGAUCGCUGGGAGGAUUGAUGGAAUAGAGGCAAAUGUCGCGGAGAUGGCCAAGAUGCUUCGGCGUGUGCGGGAUCAGCAGGCGAAGGACGCAAAAACAUUCGUUGCAUCCGUGAGGAUCAAAGAGUUGGAAGUCAUGGUUCAGGAGAUGCGUGAAUCGAUAGCGAAGAUGCAAAACGAGAAUGCGGCGGACAAGGGCGAAUGGAGGGAGUAUAAAACCCAAACGCAGAGAAGAAUCGAACAGCUCGAGAACGAGAACGCGCGGCUCAGGACCAUGCAGGAGACGCAGGAGGGUCUCAUCACGGAGCUCACUGAACGGAUAGAUGCGGCAACAAAACGGAACAACAUCGAGGCGGAGAUGAGCGCAAUGCGAUAUAGAGUAGCUGAAGUGGAAAAGACGUGCGAAGAGCAGCGUAGAAUGCGUCAGGCACUACAGUGUGGAGACGGUCAUGGUGGCGUUGAUCCUGAGUUGAGGCGACGGGAGUAUCUAGGGAUAGUAUACCAGUGCUUUGAUAUGAUCCUUCCUGAGGAGCCCAAUCCGGCGAAUCUACACACGUGGCUUGGGGAAGUGGCCCGGGCGGUGAAAAGCGCGUACAUUUACGACGGGGAGUACGGAUACUCCACGAUUCUGCAUGUUAGGGGUAUGAGUGAAAGCGAAUUGGAUAGACCAUUGAAGUAUGCGGCUUUGGAAAACAAGCUAUGGGAAGGGCUGCGGAAUAUGAUCAAAUCAACGAGUCUGGCCAGUAAAGUGCAGGGGGAGAUGUUCAAGCGAACGGUUGGGCGAGAGACAAUGUCGGCUAUGAGGCUACUAAGCAUGGUGGUGAGAUUUUACAGCGUUUCUCCCAAUAGGGAGCAGGAGGUGUUGAACGAGGCCUUGUCUUGUACUGCGUGUGAGAAAUACUCAGGUCAAUGCGAGGUGGAUAGUCUGGACGUUUUCAUGGACAAAUGGGAUAGUGUGCGCGUGCGGGUUGAAGCGACGGGGCGAGGCACAUGGUCCGAUGAGCAACUGGGGGAUAUCCUGCAUAGUAAGGCGGACGUGGCGAACGGCGCAUUGAUGUUUGAGAACGGGGAGACGCGGAAGCCCGGUCAGUACGCUUGGUGGUGGCUUGAAGCUCGCACGGGAAUAGGAUGA